GUGAAUUUCUUACCUGAAGCCUGUAAAGACUAACUAGUUUGAAAAUGGAAAACCAAGAAACAAUGGAUUCUUCUCAAACAACCAAACAGUCUGUUAUUUCAGAGGAGUUAAUUUCAGAAGGAAAAUGGGUCAAGCUUGAAAAAACAACUUACAUGGAUCCUACUGGUAAAACUAGAACUUGGGAAACUGUGAAACGUACAACCCGGAAAGGACAGUCUGCCGAUGGGGUGGCAAUUAUUCCAGUGCUGCAAAGAACUCUUCAUUAUGAAUGUAUUGUUCUGGUGAAACAGUUCCGACCACCAAUGGGUGGCUACUGCAUAGAAUUCCCUGCAGGUCUCAUAGAUGACAAUGAAAGCCCAGAAGCAGCUGCUCUUCGGGAGCUUGAGGAAGAAACUGGUUAUAAAGGUGACAUUGCUGAAUGUUCUCCAGUUGUAUGUAUGGAUCCAGGUUUGUCAAAUUGUACUAUGCACAUUGUGACAGUAACCAUUAAUGGAGAUGAUGCUGAAAAUGUAAGACCUAAGCCAAAGCCUGGAGAUGGAGAAUUUAUGGAAGUAAUUUCCUUACCAAAGAAUGACCUGCUGAAGAGACUUGAUGCUCUGGUAGCUGAAGAACAUCUUACAGUGGAUGCCAGAGUCUAUUCCUAUGCUUUGGCAUUGAAACAUGCAAAUACUAAGCCAUUUGAAGUGCCCUUCCUGAAAUUUUAAGGCCAAAAAGGACAUUGGCAGUAUGUUUUUGUAAACAAGACCACCAGGCCUUCUUCAUUCAGACUUUGUAUUCAAUAUAAUUUAAUGCAGAUUUGAAAUUAGCUUUUUCACAAAAUAAAAGCAACACAGAA